AUGUAUUUGUAUUACUUAUUGUCGGCAUUUGGACCCCAAAUACAGCCCUAUUUAUGGUGGAAGCGAUAUAUCACACGAUUGCAGUUAAUACAGUUCGCUAUACUUAUAGUGUAUUCAAUUUAUUGUGUCACCUCCGGUGAUCUGGAUCUUCCCGAGUCUCUUAAAUGGUUGGGUGCUAUUCAACCAUUUAUUUUCUUCUAUAUUUUUAUAUAA